GUCCAUCCCAUACCGCCUACCACAAAUGCUCGAGUUCACGAAAUGCUGCGUUAUCGCCGAGCUCUUGAAAGGUGGCUACUGUAUUGAAGCAACAUCACAUUUACCACCACCUUGGCGACGUGCAGCGAACGGUAUUAUUUGUUUUCCUUAGAUCAACUCAUCUCAAUCGGUCCGGCCCUACAACAGACGGUCCCUUGGACAUUUCCACUCGCAAUGGCUUCUGCCCAGGUUAUAUCGAAUCCAGGUCACGAUGAUAUGAUUCACGAUGCCGUUCUUGAUUACUAUGGUCGCCGACUUGCGACGUGCUCAAGCGAUCGGACCAUCAAGAUCUUCGAAAUAGAGGGAGACUCUCAGCGACUCGUCGAGACCCUCAAAGGUCAUGAUGGUGCAGUCUGGUGUGUUUCGUGGGCGCACCCCAAAUAUGGAAAUAUUCUAGCCUCGGCAGGCUAUGACGGCAAGGUUUUCAUCUGGAGAGAGCAAAACAACCAGUGGCAGAAGAUCUUCGACUUUGCCUUGCACAAAGCCUCCGUCAAUAUUGUCUCAUGGUCACCACACGAAUCCGGCUGCCUCCUAGCAUGCGCCUCCUCGGACGGGAAUGUCAGCAUCCUUGAAUUUCGCGAUAACAGUUUCGACCAUGUCACCUUCCCUGCUCAUGGGUUGGGUGUCAACUCUGUUUCGUGGGCUCCAGCAAUGGCACCUGGAAGCAUUAUCAGCAGCUCUCCCGGCCCUGGUUCAGCAGGUGUAAGACGUUUUGUUACGGGUGGCUGUGACAAUCUGCUCAAGAUUUGGGUCUUCGACUCGGCCUCAAAGUCGUACAAGCAGGAACAGGAGGCGCUUUCCGGCCACACGGACUGGGUUCGUGACGUUGCGUGGUCACCAACGGUUUUGCAGAAGUCGUACAUCGCUUCGGCGUCCCAAGAUAAGACUGUUCGCAUCUGGACCUCAGAUGCGUCAAGUACGGGACAGUGGAGCUGCAAGAUCCUCACCUUCGAUGCCGCCGUCUGGAGAGUCAGCUGGUCCUUGAGCGGCAACGUUCUGGCAGUGAGCGGAGGUGACAACAAAGUGUCGUUGUGGAAGGAGAACCUCAGGGGUGAUUGGGAAUGCGUUAAGAGUAUCGAGGAGUGAUUCGGAUAUUAAUGUGUCACCAUAUGCAAGGCGUUCGCGACAAGAUAGAGCAAAGAUACGCGAUUGCCCUCCUGGGUUCGACGUCCAAUUGAAGCUGCUGUUGCAGUCAAACCUGAACCUGACGCCGCAGGUAUGGAACUGGGCGAUAGAGGAAGAAACAAUAGGCUUUUUUCUUGAGAUUCCAUUACGAUCAUGUCGGCUCGUGGCACACCAUUCCUCUAGGCAGCCCGUUGAAUGUGGUGCGUAGCAUGCAGGUCUCGUCACUGAUCGAGCCUCGCGACGAGGUCGC